AUGACGGAUGAUGUAGCACCAAUUCCGAAGAAGAACUUGGCCCCAAGUUUUGAUAAAAAUGGCGUUCCUUUAAUACUAACUUGGAGUAUUGAAGAUGUCGGUGCUUGGAUAUCCGAAGAAGUCAAACUUCCUGAAUACGAACAAUGUUUCGUUUCAAACUUUAUCGAUGGUCGUAAAAUGAUUAAUAUCGACGCUUCGUCGUUACCGAAGCUAGGAGUAACAGAUUUUGAACACAUUGCUUUAAUAUCUUCCAAAGUUCGAGAACUCCUGGGCAUGGAAAAACCGUUUUGGAACCGUCCUUUAUGGUUGACGCCGCAUGACCCAGUGCCACACUUUCUUAAAAGAAAAUCGCAUAGUGGAAGCAACUCAGAUGCUUUAACGUACGAAGAACAUGCAAGAUAUUUAAAAAAAUUCUACGAACAUAAGAGUGACUAAAUAAAUACAUUAAUUUAUUUCACGUGUUGCUUAUAAAAUCCAUGUCAUUUAUCCCCAUUUUUAUAUUAUUUUUUUUACAUUAUAUUAGAGAAAAGAAGCUGAUUUGGACA